AGGCAGUAUCAGUUGGAAUAAGACCGCCGCACAUAGACGAACUGAGAUAGCGCUAGAAUAGAAAUUAAAAAAAAACUACACACAAUGAGUGAUAAUACGGUUACAUGGCAAGCUCCGGAAUGGCUAAACGAUUCAGAACUUUUGGAAAAAAUAUUAAAAGACUAUCUCGGGGAUGGUGAAGUGAAAAUAGAAAAAAUUGAUUGGGAACCUGCCACAGCAAAUGGUGAAAAUUAUGCCAGUAUUAUGACACGCAUAAAAAUCUACUUCCGUCUGGGUCAGUCGGAAGAAAUCCAGGAUUUAUCGUUUAUCAUAAAAUGUUGCUAUGACAGUGAUCCCGUUCUGCAAAAUCUGAUGAAAAGUUAUAAUCUCUAUCAAACCGAAAUGAAAAUGUAUGAACAGGUGUUGCCACAAAUCACAAAAAUUCUACAAGAAGCCGAUGAGGGUGCAUUGCAGGAGCAGCUGUUUGCAAAAACCCUAAAUGUGAACUAUGAACGGGCCACGAUAAUUUUUGAAGAUUUGUCUGCGAAAAACUAUGUCAUGGGUAAUCGUUUGGUAGGUUUCGAUAAACUUCAUGCCCGCUUUGUGAUGGAGAAGUUGGCUAAAUUUCAUGCCGCCGCAGCUGUGUUAAAUGAACAGCUCAAUGGAGCUUUGCAACAAUUCGAUAGAGGUCUUUUUAAUGAACAUACUCGCGGUUUGGGUUGCAUGUUCGAAUACAUGAUUGAAGAAAGUGCUAGAUAUGCUCUCACCGUUGAAAGUUUGGGAAAAUAUUAUCAUGACAAGAUAAUGAAGCUGCUGCCGCAUGUGGUGGAGUAUGGCACCAAGGCUUAUGCCACAAACUCACCUCACCACUUUUAUACUCUCUGUCAUGGUGAUUUGUGGAUCAAUAAUAUUAUGGUGAAAUAUGGGAACACUAACUCUACGGGGGAAAAUGAGGAGGAGAGCCAUCAGCAAUUGGAGGACGUUUUAUUUGUGGAUUUCCAAUUUAGCAGCUGGACCUCGCCGGCCAUAGAUUUGCAUUAUUUUUUCAAUACCUCAAUUGAAUUUAUGUUUAUACCCUCCACCAUAGAUAGUAUGGAGGGUACAUUAUUAAAAGUAAAUUUGGAAAAGUCAGUUUCAUAUGACUCUCACAUGAUGAAAGACCCCAUAUCUGUUCCCUUCGGUGGUGUUGCAGCUGUUACUGGUAUCCUCUCGGAUCAAGCCAUUGCCACCUCAGAUCAGUGUGAUGAUGCCGAUGUCCACUGUUUGAUUGGCGACAGUGAACGUGCCCGAAAUUUCCGACAAAAUUGCUACAAAAAUAAACGCCACCAGAAAAUCGUUCAACAUUUCCUGCCAUAUUUGGAUCGCGGAAAUAUGUGUGAAAAUAAUGUAUGGCAAGCCCCGAAAUGGCUUACCAAUGAAUAUCUGCAAGAAGUCCUCAAGGAUUAUCUCAAGGAUCAGACAGUGCAAAUAACAAAAGUGGAUAUACGACCCGCCACGGCAAAUGGUGAAAAUUAUGCCAGUGUUAUGAGCCGCAUAAAGAUCUCAUUUUCAAGGGAAGGAAAUGCCGAAACCGAAACUCUUUCAUUUAUUAUGAAAUAUUCCUAUGAAAAUGAUCCGGUUGUGUCGAAAAUCAUGUCGGGUUAUGAUAUCUACAAUACCGAAAUGAAAAUGUAUGAACAAAUUUUGCCACAAUUGGCGGAGGUGCUUAAGGAAUCGGGAGAUAUGGAAAAGCUGUUUGCCCAAACCCUGAAAGUGGAUUAUGAGCGUUCGACAAUCAUUUUUGAAGAUCUAACUGUGGAGGGUUAUGAAAUGGCAGAUCGUACACGGGGUUUAGAUCUUCCCCACAUCAGGAUGUCUAUGAAGAAAUUGGCCAAGUUCCAUGCAGCUGCUGCGGUUUUAAACGAACGUCAGGGUGGACUAUUGGAGCAAUUUGACCAUGGCAUGUUUAAUCGCCACACCAAAGGAUUUUGUUGUGUUUUUGAAUAUUUGACCCAAGAGGCGGCCCAUUUUGCCAAAAAUUGCCCAGAAUUGGGUGAAUAUUAUGCGGAUAAGUUAGACAAAUUAACUUCUAAAAUUGUGGAAUAUUGCACCAAGGCCUAUGCACCAAAUCCUUGGAAUUUCUAUAGCCUAAAUCAUGGUGAUUUGUGGACCAAUAACAUAAUGAUGUUAUAUGAAAAGUGCGAGGGUGGGAAGGAGAAAUCCCUAAAGGAUAUUAUGUUAAUUGAUUUCCAACUGUGUAAUUGGUCUUCGGUGGCUGUGGAUAUACAUUAUCUGUUUAAUACUUCAUUACAAUCUGAUUUACUGGUGGACAUUGAGGUGCAGGAGAAAUUGAUACAGUAUUAUCAUGGGAUUUUGAGUGAAACUCUGAGGAAAUUGAAAUAUAAAGGACACAUACCCAGCCUGCAUGAAAUCUUUGUACAAUGGGAGGAGAGUCGAAUUUUGGCUGUUAAUGGUCUCUUGGCCCAUCGUUCCAUUAUGACAACGAAUAAUAGUGAAGAUGCCGAUAUCCAUAGCCUCUUGGAUGAUGAUGAAAGGGCUAGGAAAUUCCGUCGCACCUGUUUUUCUGGGAAUAAAGAAUAUCAAAAUGUCCUUAAGAAGUUAUUGCCAUUAUUUGAUCGCCGGGGGUUAUUAGAUUUACAAAAAUAAAUUUAAACCUUAGAGUAGUUUAG